GUUUCUCUCUCUUCACUUCCUUCAUCGGGAUAACGCGUUUGUUGCGACUCGGUAUGUGCUAGCAGUUCCUCUCGAAACAACAACACUUUCGAUUCAAUUCGCCGCCGACGCUCAUGUUUGCUAAUUUCUGGGUUGAUUGUUCGUUUCAUUAGCGAUUUUUCAUCGUAUUCCUGCAUCUUUUUGUUGCCAGCGCCAUUUGUCCGCUUUACGUGCGAUAAAUUUCGCAUCACAUAGCCAUUUGUACCGGACCCACGAGGGGUUUGCAAACCAAUUCCAUUGUAAGACUAAAUAUUAGUAAUUGCUUUGUUUGCAAUCAGCUGUGGAUUAUUUCCCAACAACAUCUGCCAUUGUCACUUACCAUCGGGCUGCUAAAAAAAUCGGUCGAUAAUAGCCUUUUGCUGUCUUAUUCUCCAAAAGGAACACAACAAACAAUUUUUUUUUAUACUCUAAACCAAUUAGAGUCAAUUUCUUCGACAAAAAUUUCUCAAACUGCAAGCUUUUACGACUGGAAAAAGCCUCCUUCGUGCUUAACGGCCAAAUAAAAAAGAUAUUCCUUCGAGAAAGCUGUCCUUUACGGUUUUCACUCGAUUCUUUCCUUCGUUGUCUGUAGAUUACUUGGUUUUCGCUCUUGAUAAAUUCUGGCUCUACUUGAAUUUCUUUGAGGCCCUUCUUGGUACUUGGUGAACAUGAACAUUUAUGUACAACGAGAUGAUGUCUCUUUAGCCGAAAUCCACCGUUUUCGUUUCUGCAUACAAAACGAUAUUCCGUCUGCCAAUGCUGAACCCUCCAAUGAAGUAAAAAACUCAAGGAUUUCAACCCUUCCAGCUACUUCUACAUCUCUCCUAGGUCUUCGCAAUAGUCCACCAGACUCAGGGAAAUCUAAAAAUGAACUCGACAAAGAAAAAGAAUUGUCGAUUUCAGGUUCGGUUCAGUCUUCCUUAAAGUCUUUUCCCCUAGCCGAGAACAGGUAUUCAGCUUUACCAAGCGCUGCUAAUAAAGACUCUACUGAAUCUGCGGAGAAGCAUCGUCCAUCGCAGCAUAGCGAUCUAACACCAACAAACGCAGCGGCAAAUGUCUCAGAGGCUCAAAGCACUCCUAUAUAUGAAAAUGAAUCUUCUUCUUCUGUUCGUCGGUCUUCUAUGACUGACCAUACAGUUCCCCUAAGUCGAUCGCCAUCUUCGGUUCUCUGGGUUCGUGUCAGAAAUAAGGAACCUCGAUUUCGCCAAGCUGCAUAUCUUCAAGGACCGUUUACUUUAUGCGUAAGCGUUUGGAAUGAUCAAUUUUCCUCUGAAGAGAAUUCCCUUUUAAAUUUUGAACCUCAGGUACAGCCGUCCUCUAGUUUUUGGGUCUGCAUCCCUUAUGUAUGCUAUUCAAAUGAAAAGCCAAUAUAUAUUGAAAUUGUCAGUCAAGCUAUCUUCAAAGAUCGUCCAAUUAGUUUUGAACUAGCUAUUGCUACCACUCAGCAAUCCAUUCGUGCCAUGUCGGCAGCUGAUGUGGAUACCUUGCAUGCAUUCCCAUCCCUUCAUAUCGAACAUACCCCUCCUUCUGCGUUAUGGAAAAUACCCCCCUCGUCAUUUCAUGCAGAGAAGUCGCAUCUGGUAAUCUUGACUCAUGGUAUGCACUCAAAUGUUGGUGCUGAUAUGGAGUAUUUGAAGGAACAGAUUCUAAAUGCUGCUGACAAAAAUGGCGAACUUGUAGUCGUCCGAGGAUAUAGGGGAAAUUACUGUCAAACAGAAAAAGGGGUCCGGUGGCUUGGGAAACGACUUGCUGAAUGGCUCCUUGAAAUAGUUGGUUGGGAAACGAGCUCUUUUCCUAGGUAUUCUCACAUAUCUUUAGUUGCUCAUUCCUUAGGUGGUCUUGUUCAGACGUAUGCUGCGGGAUAUGUACAUGCAAAAACACAUGGUUGCUUUUUCCAAGCUAUUCAUCCUGUCCAUUUCGUUACAUUAGCAACUCCUUGGCUUGGAGUCGCAGCUGAACAUCCAUCCUAUGUUGGAAAGGCUUUAUCUUAUGGGAUCAUUGGUCGCACUGGCCAGGACCUAGCAUUAACGUCCAGUGCACAUCCCAUAGAGCCAAGACCAUUCCUAGUUGUGAUGUCUGAUCGUGCUUCCCCUUUUCAUCAAGCAGUCUCGCUUUUUGAACAUCGAACACUGUUUGCUAACACUACAAAUGAUUAUAUUGUUCCAUACGGUACUAGUUCUAUGAAACCUCAUUCUUUAGGCCAAUUAGAUUCAGUUAUGGACGAUGAUAAAGGGAACUCUCCUGCUGCAUCGCAAGAUCUUUCGGAUACCCAUCCUGCGGACCAAUCUACAAGCACCAUGUCCAACAAACCCUCUGAAAUAAAUAUUCAUUCUGAUUCUAUACCCAAUACAGGAAGUCGAUCAAGAAAAAGGAGCACAUCAUUUACAAAUGCUUUCAAAGCUUUAACUGGGCUAUUUAGUACUCCUUCAUCUCAGCAUGCCCUUCCCGAUGAUGCCAAUAAUAAGUUGCCAAAUGCGCAAGAUCCAAGAAAUUCUAAGGUUGAAAAUACAACCACCGAAGCUGUUAAUGCCCCAAAUCAGGCUUACUUGUAUCCUGUUAAAAAAUCAGAAUCCAAGAGCACUUUAUCUGGAUUCACUAACCGUUUGAUUAACACUUUCACGAAUUUGCUUAUUCCAGCUGUUCCUUCUUAUAUGUAUUUUUUGAAAUUCAAAUCUUUGAAUUCUAUUGUUUCUGAUGAGACGUGUGAACCUACAAGUGGUGAAAGCUAUAACAUCGACUCGUUUCUGUCAACUGAGCGUAAACCAUCGAAAACAACUACGGAUUUCCUGCUUAAUGAGAAAAUUAUAUCUUCAAAUUGGCAUCAAUUAUCAUGGAGAAAAGUAUCUGUACAUUUGGAUGGUGAUGCUCAUAAUAGUUUGUUCGUUAGAAGACGAUUUCCUAAUGCUUAUGGUUGGUCAUCUGUUGGGCACUUAACAGAUAUUUUAUUUCAAAAUAACAAUUUGGAAACGUACAGCAAUCCAAUUCAAUUUGAUGAACUGACGACUGCUGCCUGGUUAUCAGAAAUUUAUGAAGAACAUGAUAUAGUUUGAGAGAUUUAUUUAUUGGUUAAUUCAUUAUAUUAAAAUUAAUAUACACCAUUGUUUGCUAGUACAGUAUGCUAAAAUAAUAUGUAUACGGG